CUUCCGGUCGCUGGUCACAUGGCCGGAAGCAGCGGGGCGCGUAAGAUGGCGGCGGCGUGAGUUGCAUGUUGUGGGGCUGCCGGGAACAUUCGCCGCCGCCGCGCGAUGGCGGUCACCGUGACCCUGAAAACGCUGCAGCAACAAACCUUCAAGAUCCGGAUGGAGCCGCACGAGACGGUGCGGGCGCUGAAAGAGAAAAUCGAGGCGGAAAAAGGCAGCGACGCGUUCCCGGUGUCGGGGCAGAAGCUCAUUUACGCCGGGAAGAUCCUGAGCGACGACGUCCCGAUCCGCGAUUACCGGAUCGACGAGAAGAACUUCGUGGUCGUUAUGGUCACUAAGGUGACANGCCCCUGCUGGGGAGGGAGGGGGGGGUGGGGUGGAGCUGCCCCCCAGGAGCUGCCCCCGCUCACCCUGAAUGAGCCCAUAACGGGUUCUGUUCCCCCCCCUCGCGGUGCCGGGCGCUCGGCCGACGCCGCCUCCACCCUCGUGACGGGCUCCGAGUACGAGACGAUGCUGACAGAGAUCAUGUCCAUGGGCUACGAGAGGGAGCGGGUGGUGGCAGCGCUGCGUGCCAGCUACAACAACCCCCACCGCGCUGUCGAAUACCUGCUGACAGGCAUCCCUGGGAGCCCUGAACCUGAGCGCCCCCCCGUGCAGGAGAGCCGAGCCCCAGAGCAGCCACAGGUUGAAGGGGAGAAUCCCCUGGAGUUCCUGCGGGAGCAGCCCCAGUUCCAGAACAUGCGGCAGGUGAUCCAGCAGAACCCAGCUCUGCUGCCUGCCCUGCUCCAGCAGCUGGGCCAGGAGAACCCGCAGCUCCUGCAGCAAAUCAGCCAACACCAGGAGCAGUUCAUCCAGAUGCUGAACGAGCCUCUGGGGGAGUUGGGGGACCUGGAGGGGGAGAUGGGGGCCAUCGGGGACGAAUCCCCCCAGAUGAAUUACAUCCAAGUGACGCCUCAGGAAAAAGAAGCCAUAGAAAGGUUGAAGGCACUGGGCUUCCCCGAGAGUUUGGUCAUCCAGGCCUAUUUUGCCUGCGAGAAGAACGAGAACCUGGCAGCCAACUUCCUGCUCAGCCAGAACUUUGACGAUGACUGAGGGGCCCGGGGUGGAUUCCUCCCACCCUGUGGGGGGACGCAGGACUCCCCUUCCUCCCCCCUACAUCUCUGCCCUCAGGGGACACCGGGGUGGGGUGGGGCCCAGCAGGGCCCGUCCUCACCCCCACAGAGGGGCAGCGAUGGGUGAGCACCCCCAGAGCCUUCCUGCUGCCUUAGAGGCCGGGGCUGCUCUGGGUGGCCCCAUCCCUGUUCCCUGACCCCCCUUUUCCUCCCUGUUCCUCUUUCCGUGGGAGGGCAGAACCGUGGGACAAACCCAGCUUGGGAAGAGAUUAAAUGCAGAAUUUUAAACCCA